UCUUGUUCGUUGAUGAAGCGGAUAGAGGAAAAAUCGUUUUAUCGAACAUCGCAUAGGAUCUAGGAAGAUCCGCAAGCAACCGAUUUCGGUCGCGUUGUGGUUGCUUGUGUUUGAGAGCAAAUUUUCAGUAGGAUUAUCACCGGCAGCUUGCAUUUGUGUGCCCAAGGCAAUUGGUUGGUGGCAGGAUAAAAUCAUGACACAACAAUCGUUGAUCGACCGUGCGCUGGUGGAGCGUACGCUCGGAUACCAUGGGAAACCGUUUCAAAAAAUCUGGGAAACGGGACGCCGAGAGAACGAUCUGCAGCGGAUCGGCAUCGGCAAAGAUCCGGAUUUGACCGUGUACAUCGCACGGCAAAAACAUCUGACCCUUAAGGACCGAGCCAAGCGGUUGAAGCUGCAUCAGUUCAUGGUGAAGAAGGCUGAUAUACUGUAUAGUGCCUCGUUGUCGGUCAGAUCACCUGAACAAUUUUGGAAGGACUACAGACAAUGUAAUCAAUUCACCAUACCGUCGAUGGAUGUGUUUAUGGCCCAGGACUCGAACGACAAGGCAGAGCAAUUGCUGAAGCACGUACAACCGGGCGAUGUGUUGUACGGAACGGUAAUGCCGCACAAAACUGCACACGGUACGAUGCUUAAACCGCUGCUCAUCAUCGGCAACGUGACGUACUACGUGCGAAAUCUUCCGAUCAAGGCCACAAUCGCCCCGCAGAUGAUGGCACCGACGGUUAAAAUCGAAAACGGAGCGCCCAAAACAUCCUACACGGCGGAAACGAUCUGCUGCGAGGUGAUCGACGUUGCGGCCGACGCCCUGCGAUUGUUCUGCUCAACGUGGCGCAGUAUGAAAGCUCGCGUUCCCGAAUCGAUUGCGUAUGGGGUGGUAAAGGAGGAUGAUGUCCCUCUGCCUUACAAGAUAACACUUACAAAGAAGAACGAAGUCUACGAAGAUUUUUUGGAGCAAUCACCAUCGUUCCGUGAUCCCAGCUUCACGGAACGGCUGUACAAAGAGGUCGGAUUAGACAGUUCCGUCUUCUAUACCAACAUGUCGAGCAUGAAGGGUCGCUAUCCCUCGCAGGAGUACGCGAGCGAGCUGCGCAACUCACAAAACAGCAAAUGGGCAUUCAGGUCGGUCGCGCAAGGCAUCGAACACUUCAAGGAAGGACGCCACUCGGAAGCCUUCCAGUGUCUCAAUAAAGCUCUCAGCAUGGAUCCGCGCAACGUCGAAGGACUGGUGGCGCGCGGUGCACUGUACGCUAACAGUGGCUCCUUCAAGAAGGCGGUCGACGACUUCGAGGCGGCACUGAAGCUAAACCCGGCGCACGCCAACGCCCGCAAGUACAUGGGGGAGACGCUGGUAGCACUCGGGCGCAGCUAUGAGGAGGAAAACCGGAUCGAGGAGGCGAAGAAAGCGUACCAGGACUGUCUGAACAUCAUACCGCUCCACGAGGAGGCGCAGACUUCGCUUGAUUUUUUGAUGAAAACGAAACCGUUCGGCAAGCAGAUCGUCGAACCGACCGAGCUGGAAAUUCCAACCUUUUUUAUACCCUUCUCCGCGUCAGCACUCAACAUCGGAAAACCAUCGUCUAGCGAUCGCCACAAGCAAGAACCGGACACAUCCGGUGUUGGGGGAAGUGGUUUCGGCGGAGGCGGCGGUAGCAGCAAGCGUGACACAUCGGAACCGUCCCGCAAGGAUCGCAAAAAGGAAAGCAAAAAGGAACGCAAGAAGCGUCACAAGAAGCAUCACAGCAGCUCAAGCGAGUCCAGCUCGGAAAGCACGGACAGCAGCGACUCGAGCAGUGACUCGAGUAGCAGCAGUAGCAGCAGCACCGAUUCCAGCACCUCCGAUUCGUCGGGCUCCCGGAACAAGAAACGCAAGAAGAAGAGCGAGAAAAAAGUCAAAUCUCUGUCCCCGUUGAGCAAGCGUAUGUCCGCGGCGAUGGGUGGGCGCGGGGUAGGUGGCUCUGGUGGACCGGGCGAGCUUGUUGGCUACCCGAUCGGACAGGGAAGCGUAUUUGGACAAGGAGUAGGAGCUGCCCACGGUCAGACCGAUGAUUACGAACAACAGGUUCGCAAGUUUUUGGAAAUGCCGCGCGACGAAGAAGACUACGAAGAAAAGGUUCGUAGGUUCGUGGCCGAGGCGAACAAGUAUCAGAAGGAGCGCAAGCAGCUGGAGGACAAAUCCAAGAAGAAGAAGAAGAAGGAUGAGAAAAAGUCGAAAAAGGAAAGCAAAAAGAAGCGCAAAUCGGACGAGAAGAAAAAGUCGAAGAAAAAGGACAAGAGCGGUGGUGGCGGCGGCGGUGAUGACGAUGGCCUGGACAAAGAUAAGCUACGUGAAGCGUUAAAAAUUUUCGAAAAUUUCCCCGUGUUGGAUGAACUCGGAACGAAGUUGAGCGAAUAUUACGCCAAAAUCGAAAAGCAGCAAUCGUCCAGUGGCUCGGUUGCUGAAGCGCUAUCCGCUAUUCUAGGUUCCGGUUCCGGAAGCGGUGGUGCCGGAAGUUCUCGAGCAAAACCAUCCGAGCUACCUAAUCUUGAGAGAGGAAUCGGACCGGGUGGUGCAGCCGACGAUAACACCAAGGAUGGCAAAUGGCGCAUGAUGUUCAACAAGGACAAGCGUCCGACGGCAGCGGCGAAAGAACCGAUUGCUACCGGGGCACCGGCGGCAGCGGCCAGCAGCAGCAGCACCUCCACUGCGGCCAUGGGCUCGAAGCAGCAUGCUUUCAGUAACGAAUCGGAUGACGAGUCACCGGGUGGUGGCCCAUCGUCGUACGGUGCGCCCAAAAUACAGCCGUAUGUCGAUGUGCGCUCCAACCGGUUCGGGUUCAGUAGCGGACGCUACGACGAGCAUCGUGGAGGGCGCGGUGGAAGCGUAGAAAAGAUGAAGCCAUCCGCUGCAAACUUGGUUAAGUCCGGGCCGGUGGUGCUGGACAAGUUCGGCAACUUCCGCCUGGCAACGGCCGAAACGCCUGGAGGGAGUGGUGGCGGUGCCGGCGGUGGAUCGAAGCCUCCGGAACCGUCGGUGGCUCCGCCGGGAUCGCGCCGAUCGCGCAGUAAGUCGCGACACCGCACGUACGGUAGCUCGCGGUCGCGCUCACGGUCCCGCAGCGAGCGACGCCGUUCGCGCUCCGGCAGCUUCCGGCGGCGGUUCAGCCGGUCGCGGUCGCGCUCGUUCAGCCGAUCCCGGUCCGGAAGCUACUCGCGCAGCCGAUCCCGGUCGCGCAGCUUCGAGCGCCGCCGCUUCGAUCGUCGCAUCUAUCGCGGAGGUCGCGGCGGAGGCGGUGGAGGCUACGGAGGUGGCGGCGACCGGAUGGGCUCGUUCGGGGGCAAUCGGUUCAACAAUCCGCGUGGUCAUUACCGGCGUGGAGGAUUCCGCGAUUUCAGGGACAACCGGUUCAUGGGUAACCGAGGAGGUGGAGGAGGAGGCGGAGGAGGAGGUCGCGAUAGACCACCGUUUCGGCCUCGCUAUCGCGGUCGAUUCCAGCGGUCGUACAGCCGUAGCACGAGCAAAUCGCCCGACCGUCGUCCACUCAGUCCCGGGGACGAUCGUCUUUCGCGACGCGAUUAUGGUCGGCGUGGAGACAGUCGCGACCGGAGCGUGAUGGGCCAGGGUCGCGGUGGUGGGGCCGACAGUCGGGAGCGUUCACCUGCCCGGCGUGGCAGCAGCCGGGCGGACAGUCGCGACAAUCAGCGUGCCGACAGCCGCAACCGACGUUCCGAGGAUCGCGAUUCUUCGCCGAGACGGCGCUCAAAGGAUGAUUCCGUUGGGGGGUCGGCAGGUAACUCUAAGCACGCUGGGGACAACGAUGCCGCUAACGACAGUUCACCGGCCGGAUCGCCGCGGGACAAAACGGUGGGCGCAAAGUCCAAGCGCGACCGCCGCCGUUCGUCGUCCGUUGCGAGUCAUAAUUCGAGCGGCGGUGGAUCGGCGCGGAUUCCACCCGACGUAGAGGGCCGUUGGGCCGAUGACCCGAGGGAGGAAGGCGCCGGUCCAUCGCGCCGCAGAGACAACGGGGCGGCGGGCGAUCAUGCCGCAGCGUUGGAAGCCGGAGAAGGAGGAUCGCAUUCCAGUGCAGCGGCGAUUGCAGCUGUGGCGGACGACGCCACGCUGGAGGAGCUGGAGAAAAUGCUCACGAAGGCUCGCAAGGAGCGCAAGGAUGACAUGUUGGAGCGCAACAAGGAUCUGCUGAAGAAGGGUAGCAGUGGGGGCAGCGGCAGCGGCGGGUACUGAGCAGAAUGUUCUGCGUACGAGACAGAAAAAUUGCCAUCGAUAACCGGAUUACUCAUUCCUUCUUCAACGCACACCGACAAGAGAAAAGAAAUAAAACGAUUUAUUUUAAGUUUAU